AAUUUAUUAAAUUAUGUCAAUGUAUGUAAUACUAAUGUUGUGAAACGGAUUUUUCAUAUUCAUUUGUUCCAAAUGAAAAUAAUAAUUGGGUGCCUAAAUCUAGAAAAUACCUUCGUUUGCGAAAUUUUUCAAAAAUUUGGAAAUAUAUAUUUAUUUAUUGAGUAGUGGUUGUGAAGUGGUGUGAGUUAUAUACUUAUUUAAAUCAUUAUCUACCACUUACGUCUAUAAAAAUUACAUAUGUCAAAUAUUGGUGUCAUAUGUCAAAGAAAAGAAGACGAGUGAUAUCGUGACGUUUCUUACUACUUCUACAAUAUUUUUAUUGUUGUAUACAUUUCAUUUCAAUUUGUCCGUCAGUUUAGAGUCGAGCGUAGAGUGUGUGUCUGCACGUAAAUAUCGUGUAUUUAAAACUUUUUGUGCGUUUCAACUGGAAUUGAAAAGAAAAUAAAUUGAUGAGACUGUAAUGAAGACAGUGGCAAUGGCAAAUAUUUUUCUCUUCUAUUUAAAUUUUCGUGGUGUUUUUUGCGGCUAAAAGUAAUCAGAGUUAUUAUUAGUGAUAUAAGUACAACAUGUCGCAGUGUAAGAAGUUCGCUCCCAACAUAUUCCAUAAGACGAAGUGCUCUAAUUGUUUUAGACAGAAAGAGGAACAUUCGGCCGAGGCUUUGGAAUGCAACCGGGCAAGUCGUUCCAUAGCCCGCAGCGGGUACCUGUUUGUUGCACCAGAUUGGGAUUUCUCGGUACCACUUAACAGAACGAAGAGGUGGCAACGUCGAUGGUUUGUGUUGUAUGACGAUGGAGAAUUAAACUAUUCUGUGGACGAACACCCUGACACCGUCCCACAAGGUUCAGUAGACAUGUGCAAAGUUCUAGAAGUGACAGGAGCAGAACAAGUGACCGGUCAUCCUCAUUCUCUCGCGCUGACAAGUCCCGAUCGCGUAACUUUCGUUAAAGCCGCUAGUCGCGAAGACGCCCGUUGGUGGGCGGAAUUGCUCGCGGUAUUUCCGCGUCGACAUAAACGUAACGCUACGUUUCCGGGAGGUCGUGCAUCACCUAGUUUGCCGCAAUUGGGUAGAAGCGCUUCUCCGCAACCACCUCGACCACGACACCUUUCUGUAACGGGACCGAGUCCGCGCACAAAUUUUGAAACACCCCCGUUGAAAGAAGAACGAGAAUCUCCGCCGAAAGAACAAGAUAUUAAAUCAUCACCUCCUCUGAGCUGGACUCCACCCGUUCGAACUAAUAGUCUUCCAAUUGAAACUCCAAAUCCACCCAUUACACCAGCUGAAUAUUUAAGACCCGAUUAUAUAGUGAGCAGCGGUUCACCACCGACACGAGACAAAUUGAGAUGCGACGAUAAAGUUAGGGCACGAAAAGAUUGGCGAAACGAACGAUUGAGGGAUAUAGCGACUGCGCUUACUGAUCAACAUAGGCCGCUGCAGUCUGAAUCUUCUAACCUUACUUUACCUGCCGAGGGCUUACUGCAUCUCAAAAAGGGAUGGUUGUGGCAGAAAAAUUCCGAUUCCGAUUGGGUACGCAGAUGGAUAGUCCUAUGCUGCCCUACAAUUCAAAUUUACCAAGAUCAGGACGAACAGAACAAUCCAGAGCUUACAAUAGAACUUUCAUCGGUAACCAAUUGUAUUGAAGUAUCUACUUCCUCAAAAUAUGGCUUCGAAAUACAAUGGGCAGGUCCUUCUUUGGUGUUAUGCGCAGUUACGCAUGGUAUAAGAUGUAAUUGGUUGCAAGCACUGAGGAAAGCUGCCAAUUUAAGUACAGAUAGCGUCGUACCAGUGGAAAGUCCGAUUUCUCCAUCAACGCCGAGAUCUUUACUAGCUUCAAGCGAUGAAGAAUAUCGAACUGCUUCAGAAGGAGGUCGACGAGGAUCCGAAGAUUGGAGUGAAUUACCUCCAUCUCCACCGAUGAACAGGUUAUCACUUAAUCGAGUUAAAGACAGAGCUAGACUAAGGCCGAGAUUACCUAGAUGUCAAUCGAGACAUUCGACCUUAGAUAGCACGUCAACCGACGAAUUAGAUUGUGCCAAAGAACCUGAUACAGUACAUUUACACAAUGCCAUCAACGACAAACAAAAUGAGGAGAUAGUAGAAUUGCAAUUAAAAUUACAGAAAGCUGCAGAGGAAGUGCGACUAUUGGAAGAAGAAGUUGCAAGGUUGAAAAAAGUUCAAUCUGAUGCAGCAAUUCGAGAGAAAAAGGCGAAGGAAAUGUUGUCUAAUUUAGAAAAACACGAAAUGGAAUUGAACCAAAGAAACUCACAAAUCGAAAUAAAUUUUUUGAAAGAACAAAGAGCGCUUCAAAGGCGACUCUCCGAAGCCGAAGAAUCCGCAAGGAUUCACGAAGAAAAAUGUGAUCUUCUUUCGCGGGACCUUCAAACUAAACAGCGCAUGCUUGUUAAUUUACAAGACGAAUUAAUAACUUCAAAUGAAAGGUUGAGUAGUGAAAGAGACGAAAAAAUGAAAUUAACAGCGAAAAUACAAGAAUUAGAAGGCAGAUAUAAUUAUAAAGGAAAGAGUUUUAAAACAGACUCAAUAAGAGAACUCACAAAUAUUAAUCUGGAUUUGGACAUAGACGAAAUGAAUCAGAACGAAUUGAAAAAAUACUUUUUAGAUUUGAAAAGUCGCUUCGAAAGAGCCAUUAUGGAAAUAUUAGCCAUGAAGAAGGCAGUAAGAGAAUGCGAAGAAAACUGUGAUAAAUUGGAGAUAACAAAUCACCGAUUAACAAAUUCGACUAAAUUAAAACAACAAGAACACGAAGCUGAAGUUAAAUUGUUGGUCCAAAGACUAGAUCAUCUUACAUCCAAAUUGGCAGCUACUGAAAAACAACUUAAAGUCAAGUCCAAGACAGAGGCCAAGGAUAAAAGGAGGUCCCUUUCACUUAAAGGUCGCGAAAGUUUUUCGAUCAACAAAGAAGUUGAAGAUAAAGUAACGGAACUGGAAGCGAAAAUAAUGGCAUUAGAAAGAGGCAAAAAUCGGCGAAGAUACAAGAGAGAUAGAAGCGGCGAUAGAGGCUCUCCUAUAGAUGACAAAUCUCUACGGCGUCUAAGGAGAAAAAGCUUAGACAGUGCAACAUCUUCGGAACCGAUGAAGUUAUUAAUGCGGCUGAGUUCUUUAGAAACAAAAGUAACCAGCGUAGAUGCUUCCAACGAAUCUUUAGACACUCCACACGGCAGCAUGUCAGAUUUAAGCAAACCAAAAGAAACAACCACAAACAAUAAAAACAUAGAUAUAGAUUUUUUGUUAUCAUCUGCUAAAUUAAGAGUGAACGAUUGCCUAAAUAGCAUCUAUCUAUUGAAAAAUAACAGGAAAAGGGCAUCUUCGCCCAGUUUAGAUAGAUUGAUUUCAAUAGAGAAUUCUUUGAAUGAACUGCUUGAUAUCUUGAAUAGGAGAGACUGCUCAGUCAGCACUGGAGAAAUUGAAGUUAUCAAUACUUCUGCGGGAGCUGUUGUGAAGCAGUUACAGAAUUUAUUGUUGAAUAAAUUGACGAAUUUGGCAGAGAAGAAAAGACUGUUACAAGAAAAUAAUAACUGGGACAGUAUUGCUCGACUACAAAUUUUAGCAGAAAAAGUAGCUUACGAGAAUAUUUUAGUUAGUAGAAUACAAGAAGCUCUCCUCUCUCCAGUUACAGGAGAAGCCAUAUGCGAUCGACUGAUCAAAAAAGAAAUCAGAGAAACCGCUUAUUUAAUAAUAUCUCUCGAAAACAAAAUAAAUGGUUCAAGCGACAAAAAAACACCAUCUUGUAAAACAAGCGCCGAAUAUCUAUCAAAAAUAUUAGCAAAAUGUCUCGUAUCAGCAGCCCAUGGAUUUAAAUUUUGCAAAAACUUUAUAACAGCCAAAGGCUCUUCAAUUAACAUACUAUGUGAUGAAAAACGCAAUCUAGAUAAUCUACUAACCACUUAUAAAACUGAUAAGUUACCACAGCUAGCCGAGUCUCUAGCUUUAGAAACCAUCUGCAUGUCGUCAGAUCAAUCAUGCAGAAUAGAUACUGUCGCUAACGAGUUUAGUAAAGCGGCAAGAGAUGUCGUCAAUACAGAAUUGAUCCGGUCGGAAAUAAAUCACGUUCUUUUAAGAGCAGCUCAAGUUUACCAAUCAAAUUUAGAUGAGGAUCAUGCGUACUUCUUCAGCUUUUUCGCUUCAGAAAGGGCAGCUUUAGAAUUAUGGUCGGAUUCUGUUGGAGAUUGUUUAUUCGAGGAAGUUAAUAAAAGCAUCACAGAAUUAACUGAUUUGUAUCAAAAUAGUUUGAAUAAAUUACUCAAGCAGAAUUGGAGAUGUAGGAUGGAAUCUGUACGAAAUGCACGCACAUCUACAACUCUACUCCACGAAUACGCAGAAAUAAUUGCUCACAAAUCACUAAUAGAUGCUAGAAUAGCAGUUCUCAGUGGUGAAUAUGUACCCGAAGACUAUAAUGAUUCUAGAAAUCGUCUUAGUUGUUGGUUCGAAAACGAUAAGUACUGGUCUCUAAUAGAAGACGAGUCACUUCUACAAAUAAAUCAAAGUCUGGAAGCCGAAUUCAAUUGCAUGGUUGAAAAAUUCAGUAGGGAUUGUUAUGCUGUUUUGAGUCAACCUGAACUUGAAGAAGUUUUAGGAUACUUGAAUGAAAUGUCAUCAAAAGUGAAAGAUUUGCAUAAGUCACUAAAUGUACCUGUUAACCGCGAAGAUUUAGUUUUAAGAAAUUGGAGCGAUGUCUGUCAGAUGUGCCUUAAUUUGAGAAAUAGUUUAGAAGAUAUAAGGAAAGCUUUAGAAGAAAAUAAUUCGUUUAGAAAGUACAGUAGUUUAGAAGAUGAAAGACCGGUAUAUCUGAGAACAGAAUAUCUUACGCAAGUAGAAAACUUGCGAGCAGCUUAUAGAAGAGCUUUGGCAACUUGUAAAGAUCGACAUAAAGAAGAAGAUAUGGAACGGUUACAACAGCUUUGCGAAAGAGUAUUAUCUACUAUGGAGCAAUGGCAUUUACGAACAAUUCACGAAUUGCGUGAUGCACAUGCCCAGGAAGUUGAAUUACUUAAGCAGGAAAAAGAACAAGCCUUAGCUGAAGAGACACAAGCCACUUUAGCUGCAUUAGAUGCUAUGAGAAAAGCCCAUGUAGCAGAGGUGCAGCGAGAAGUUGCUAAAUUCAAACAAGAUUUUGUUCGACAACAAAGAGAUAGUAUGUUUGAUCUAUCAGAACAACUUUCUGUCAAAUCAUUAGAAACAGCUGCUCUGGAAGAGCAGCUUGGUACUGCCACAAGACAAUUGGCGCAUGCUCAACAGCAUAUUUUAAAACUCGAACGGAACCCCCAGAUCUCUACUUUGCAGAACUGAUGGUGUGUAUCCGUAAAAACAAUAUACUAGUCCUAACAAGCCUCAUAUACCAGUGUAUUUAGUACAAUGUUCACCGUUGUGUACAGAUCGCACGUCUUUACCCAAUUUUAACCGUUGUUUUACCCCUUGAAUAUGUUUAUUUAUUAUUUUUACCUCAAAUACUGCUCUUUCCCGAUAACUGUACAAAAUUUUUUUGCGUUAACAGUUUAUUGUUUAUCUGUGUUGGGUUUUACGGAAUGUUUAUAUUGAACAAAAUAUAUAAGUUAUUCAUUAAAA